AUGGGAUAUACCUUAGAGCGAAUACACGAAGUGUGGCAUUUUAAAGAAAGCAGUCAAGAGUUAUUUAAAGAGUACAUCAAUACCUUCCUCAAGAUCAAACAGGAAGCCUCCGGAUUUCCCCCCGACUGUAAGACCCCAGAACAACAACAAGAGUACAUUCGACAAGUCUUAGACAAAACAGGCAUCCUAAUGGACAUUCUCAGUAUCGAGAAGAAUCCAGUGAGAAGAACCAUCGCUAAACUCUUUUUAAAUUGUCUGUGGGGAAAAUUUGCUCAACGCUUGUUAUUACCCAAAACCAGAUAUUUGGACGAAGAAGAGGAAUUACAGCAACUCUUACAAGGUUCGACUCUCGACAUCAAGGGCAUGCGACUCUUAGUCAAUAAAGAGGAUUCCAAUGAGGACAAGAUGCUGGUGAAUUAUCAAGACAAACAGGAAUUCGUCGAAGAAUGUCCCUUUGGAAAUGUGGUCCUGGCUUGUUUUACCACAGCCCAUGACCGCUUACACCUCUACGAGACUUUACAAUCUUUAGGAGAUCGGGGCGUUUAUUUCGAUACGGACAGUAUCAUUUACCAACAUCGGGAGGGAGCUUUUAAACCUACCUUGGGCAAUAGUUUAGGAGAAUGGACCGACGAAUUAGAUGGGGAUCACAUCACCAAAUUCAUGUCGGCAGGUCCUAAAAAUUAUGGUUACCGGACCUCCAAAGGAACCGAGACCCUUAAAGUCAAAGGAAUCACUCUCAACCAUCGAACCUCUCAGAUCGUGUCCCUAGAGACUUUAGAUCAAAUGCUCCAGGGAGAAAUAGAGGAAGUCACAGUACCUUAUCCCAACAAAAUCCAGACGACCCGUGAUCAUGACGUCGUGAGCAAACCUUUAGAGAAAAAGUAUAGAAUUGUGUACGAUAAGAGACAAUUGUUACCCUCUUAUAACACUUUACCUUAUGGUUAUUGA